CGGAGCAAUUUCAGUUUACUUCCAUCCUCUGAGAAGCUACUGUACUACCUGUUUAUGUCGAUGUUUAAAACACGUCUGUCAAGAAGCAGAUAAACAGCGGAAACCAGUCAGCUCACACCUCCAGCUGCCACCGGGUGGGUUUGUGUCAUCGUCUUCCAGCUGUGGAGAAGAAGAUGGAGGAGAAGGAGGAGCAGCCGGAGAGGGGAGACACCAACACACACAGCUUCAGGCUUCACAUGGUGACGUGGAAUGUGGCCACAGCUGAUCCUCCAGACGACGUAACCUUGCUUCUCCAUCUGAACUCCCCAAAAAGCCCGGACCUCUACGUCAUCGGUUUGCAGGAGGUGUACUCAGGGCCACUGAGAUUCGUGUCAGAUGUUGUAUUCAAUGAUCCAUGGAGUCAUCUGUUUAUGUCAAUCUUAGCACCACGGAAUUACGUUAAGGUGUCCUCUAUCAGAAUGCAGGGUUUGCUGCUGCUCUUCUUCUCCAAACUGCAGCAUGUCCCCUUCAUCAGCGACAUCCAGGCCACAUACACACGUACCGGCAUUUUUGGAUAUUGGGGGAACAAAGGUGGUGUUUCCAUCCGUUUGUCUUUCUAUGGCCACAUGCUCUGUUUUCUCAACUGUCAUUUGGCUGCUCAUAUGAAAUAUGCCACUGAGAGAGUGGACGAGUUUGAGUACAUCAUGGACACGCAAACGUUUGCAUGUAAAAAUACUCCAAGAAUUGCUGACCACAAUCUGGUCUUUUGGUUCGGAGAUCUCAACUUCCGAAUUCAGGACCACGGCAUGCACUUUGUCCGCACCUGUAUCAACAAUCAAACCUACAACCUGCUGUGGAGCAAAGACCAGUUGAUCAUGAUGAAGGAGAGAGAACAGAAACUUCAGGAAUUUGAGGAAGGCCCUCUGGACUUUCAACCCACGUACAAGUUUGACUUGAACUCUGAUACCUACGACAGCAGUGGAAAGAAACGCAAACCUGCCUGGACAGACCGAAUCCUGUGGCGUCUCCGGCCCAAAGACCUAACCUCUGAUGAACAAGAUGACAACUCGGAGCUAGUGAAGAAGGUCAAGGAGCUGGAGGAGGAGGAGGAGGAGGAGUACCCUCUGAGGAUCAGGCAGGACAUGUACACCAGCAACAUGGAGUUUACCAUCAGUGACCACAAGCCCGUCAUUGGCAUCUUCACACUUGAGCUGAGGAAGAUGUACGAGACUCCUCUCGUGCAUCUGCAGGCGGAGGGCGAAUGGAGCUCAGACAUUGAUGCCAUGGUCCUUUACAGCCCUCUGCAGCCCUUCCGCUCCAGUUCAUGGGACUGGAUUGGUCUUUAUAAGGUUGGAUUCUCCAGUUUGACAGACUACAUCACCUACACGUGGGUCAAAGACGAUGAGGUGGCUUUCAAUGAAGAAGUCAUACAGGUCUAUGUUAGUAAGGAGGAAAUCCCUGUGCAUGGAGGAGAGUGUGUGCUGUGCUACUACAGUAAUACUCUGCGGGGCAUCAUUGGAAUCAGUGAACCAUUCAAGGUCCACGAGUCCAAGGUAGCCAAUGAGGAAGGCUUGCUACAUGACCAGAUUAACAGACUAGACAGAAUUGUAGCAAGUUAAGGUGUUUGAGACUGAUCUCCAGGAGUCAUAACUGUGAUAUAAUGUAGAGAUGAAACAGUUUGGACCUGGAUUUCCUGAACUAUGACCAGAUUUUUCAUAACUGUGCUUCUUCACCUGUCAGUGAAAGAGCAGUUUAGGAAAUGCCCCACUGGCCUCUCUAAUGCUACUGGAGUUGUUUACUUAACACCCCUGUGGUCUGUAUACCUUUUUUGUACAACUGGUUCCUAUGGUCACAUUCUCUGUGUGUUAACAAGAGUCUGAGCUCUGAAAACCUGCGACUGGGCACAUUACACUGGAAAGUUAGACUUAAUUUAGCUUUAGUCGGAGCAAAGAACUGCCAGCUUUAUCUUGGGGGCUAAAAUGUGGUUGUCAGGUGAAAGGAGUGGGUCAGGUUACUUAAUGUAGUUUGACAUUUGUAUUUGGCCUGUUUAUAAAAAUGAUCUGCAGAUGGAGCUUCAGCAGAGGCUGAGACCAAUGAUGGUUUAUUGAGAUGGGCGACUUGACUCUACUUCCUCCCCAUAGUACAAAAAUGUAACCAAAAGGUCUCUGACACAGAGGCUACUAUCUCGUGCUGGUGACGUUAAUUAAAGCCAGAGUCUGUUUAGUAGUAUGUGGCUGCUAUAUCAAGGUCAUGCUGAUACCUGCCAAACCAACUGUAAAUCAAUCACAGCUGUCAAUCAUAAAAUUUCACCCUGUUUUUUAGCAUCAAAUAACUAAUGAACUUAUCCGAAAAUAAACCUGUAGUGUAAUAAGAACGACCUAAAAUGAUAGAAAUCAUCUUACGGAACAUUUAUUUGGUGUGUGAUUUGACUUUUUAGCUUGGUCCAUGUCCCAGCUGCUAACAUGGUGUGUGUUGGUAACCUGCAGCCAGCCACCAGGGGGCAAUCUUAAGGUUUUGCCUCCACUUUUAAAAACUGUCAUGUCGUCCAUCUUUAUAUGUGAAGUCACUGGCUGCAAUUUAAAGCUCAUUCAGUCUGUAAGUCUACUAAGAGCUCUGUUUAGACUCACAGGAUUUGAGUUUCAAACUUUGGUUCAAAGUUAAUGGCUUUGCUCAUGAAGAAACUUUUGAAAACCUCCAAAUGCUGUCAGAGCUGCCUUCAUGAGGCUGAAGGAAUAGUAGGAAGUUGAAGUAAGUUGAGAACAAACUUACUACACUGAAUAAAAGGAAAAGGGAAAUGCAAAGGUAACAAUGCCCAUUGGCAAUUUGUGUUUUCAAUUGCUAACAAGGUUAAUGCUUGGUUCACUGCUGAAGCAACCAUUCACUGCUGAAUUAGCAAACACAAAGAGAUGGCUAUCCAUGAAUCCCUCUCGUAACUAGUUUGCCUUAACUUAAUUUAGGUAAAGGCUUAAGUUUCCAUCUACUCAGUUGAGUCUGUCCUAAAUCUUUGGAUUAAAAAGGAUUUCCCGUUGAAGGGGAAAUCAGAGCUUCGUAUCUGUGGGAGAGAAUUGUCAAAAAGAAAUGCUGUAAAAUAAGGAUCGAGUCAGUGUAUAACCAGCGAAUUUUACCUCAAACUGUUGAAGUUUGUAGAACCACUGAACAUAAAGUUGUUCAGUUACAUAUCUCAUUACCACCAGGGAGCUAUUAGCUCUGUUAGCUGCCAGUAUCCAGAGUCUUAUAAAUCAGGAUUUUGGUCCAGUGUCCCGAUCUCCGAUCAAAACAUGUGAAUCAAAAAGAGAAAUGUGUGUGACAUUUUAUGCUCUUUGUUGAAACUUGGCCUUCUGUACUUCAAUGUGAGAGGAAACUGAAAUGGCACUUUAGUUUUGUUAGCCCACACACUUCAGAUAUUUUACUGACGUACUUUUUGGUACUAGAUAAUGACUGAAAAAAAAUGUUAAGGGCGGAAAUUAAGUGAAAUUCAAAUUUAUGGAAGUGAAGAAUUCCUUAUCUAAUUUAAUAUGUUUCCUAUCCUGAAAUGAUUGCUGUGUUUUGAAAGCUGGACCUUUUUGUGUUUUAAAUGUUUUUUUAAUUGAAAUAUUUGUAGGUUAACAAAGGUAUUUUACUUUGCUGUGUGAGUGGACUGUUUCUAGGAAGAUAAGAAAAGAUGUAUAAGUUUAGAUUUUCUCCUCAUAGUAUUGUAGAAUAAACGUGGUUGCUCCUGGAGAACUUGAAAACAUAGAUAUAGAAAAUUAAACUUUGACUUUUUGAAGAUUGCUUAUGACUCAUUUUCAGCUCGCUGCCUCGUUAACCUACCAGCGUUUCUUCCGAUUUAUAGUACAAGUACUGUUUGUGGCAUCACAGUCAGAUGGAGAACUCCAUGAUAUGUUACACUGAUGAUUGUUAUAAAUAAGUACCGACAGCUUUACUCAUUUUUAUUGGUGUGUUUUAAAAGAAACAUUAGGAUUCAGCAAGUGCCUCUGAAAUUAUUGUUGCUUUACAAUUAAUGUACUUUACUAUGCUGCUUAAUUUUGAAACCGUGUGUAUCAUUAAUAUAGAUACGAUUAUUUGAUCAUAACACGGCGUGGUUUUCAUCGCCUUUUCUUGUUAGGAGAGCUUUUGGUUUUUAGUAUUGCUGUUCUGAACUUUCCGCUCUCUUUUGCUGAAUGCUACUGGCUUGCUGGAAUGAAUUAUAUUAGCUGUUGUUUAUUUUAUUUUAUUUUUCUAACUAAAGAGAAACAUAUUUUCUCAAGUUGUGAUGAAACAAAAUGUACUGUAACAGAACCAACAAAUAAUUCAACAGAUAUUAAAGUACUUAUAUAUGA